UUGUACAGAAAGUUGGAAACUGUAAAAAUAUGUACAGCUGAUGCUCAAUAUAACCGGAUUAAUCCAACAACUCAAGUUUUUCUUACAGCAUCUUGUACAGAUGAUUGUACUAAUGCCAUUCAUACAACCAUAUCGUGGAGUGUAUAUUAUGGAUUUAUCGAUUUUCCAAAUAGUGAUGUCACAUACGAAUUGUUAGAAAAUAUGGCAGAGUAUCAAGGAUCUUGGUUUUUUGGUUCAGACACGCCGAGUUUUACUGCCACAACUGAUUUAUUUAUAAACAAUCCAUCAAUUGAAUAUUGGCGAUUUCAAGCAACGUAUAUUGUUAGUAACGGUAGCAGUACAGCAAACGGUACAGGUAUGAUUCGUUUUCAAAUUAAUAAACCACCACAAAAUGGAACAUGUAUGGUUGAUACACGAAACGGUACUACAAGUACAUUAUUCACAUUAAAAUGUUUAAAUUGGAUCGAUGAAGAUGGAAUACAAGACUACAGUUUCUACAUGUGGACAACGGAUAACACUACGCAACAAAUUAUUGGUUUUACAGAGACCACAACUAUAGAAGCUUAUUUACCGUUAGGCGAUCCAAAUCUAAACUAUACAUUGAAUAUUGUGGCUCAAAUACGAGAUCUAUACGGUGGUAUAACACAGUAUCAAAUAAAAUCAAUACAGGUUGUUCCAGAUUCUCCUACAUUAUUGACUUUUAUGUCCGCGAUUGAAAAUGUUCAGAAUCGUGGAAGAACUAAUAUAACAUUGGAACAACUAUUGUUUGGUGGUGAUCAAAAUAUGAUCUGUCAAGUUUUGUUAUCGAUGUCUCAAAUGUUAAAUGCAAUGAGCAUGGCUGCUCAACAACUUGCGGUUACAGCAGGUAUUAUAACAAUUGUUGAAGUUUUCUUGCAUUUAAUUAUAACUACAUUGGAAAGCUACUACUAA